GGGCCGCUGCUGCGAUGGAUGGACGCCGCCGCCUGCCUCGCAGGGGCGCACUGCAGAGCUGCAUUUGGGUGCCCACAGGAAGAAGAGGGAGCUGCUGCGUGCAGUCCCUGCCUGUCAGGCACCAGCCCGUGGGUGAGUGGCUGCUGCAGGUGCAGAGUGGUAACUGUGUGUCCCUGUGUCUCUGUUGAAGCUGAGAAACACGCUGGGGUGUCCUGUGUGACAGCGUCCAUGGAUGACAUUCAGUUUGAAGAGGCUGCCAGGGUUGGACAAAUGAUUGCCAUCAGAACAAAGGUGAACAGAGAAUUCCAAACCCUCAUGGAGGUUGGCAUCAAGGUGACAGUACAGGAUGUUUUGACUAAUGCUGAAAAGAUUGUGAGUGUGGCAUAUGCAACAUAUGAGGCCAAACCAGUUGGUGCUGAAAAGAUUGAGUUAAAACCCGUAGAGCUUCAGUCUGAAGAAGACCACCUGGAGUACUUGCUGGCUCUGGAGAGGAGCAUAAUCCGUACGGGCUAUUUGGAGGUCUUUCAGAAGGUGAUGCAGGAGAGCAAUAGUGAAGAUCCUUGUGAAGAUAAAGAUGCAGUUUCAGCUGAGCAUACCCACGUACAGAGCACUGAGCUUGUCCUGCCUCCUCAUGCAAACCAUCAUGGGAACGCUUUUGGUGGCCAGAUCAUGGCUUGGAUGCAGACAGUGGCAAGCAUUUCAGCAAGCCGCCUGUGUCGUUCACACCCCAUCCUGAAGGCAGUUAACAGGUUCAGAUUCUGGGGGCCGUCCUUUGUGGGUGACCGCCUGGUCUUCAAUGCCAUUGUCAACAACACUUUCCACAGCAGUGUGGAGGUUGGUGUCCGUGUGGAGGCUUACAGCUGUGGGGAGUGGAUCCAGGAGCAGCCGCGGCACAUCUGCAGUGCAUUCCUCACUUUCUCUGCUUUGGAUGACAGAGGGGAGCCACUCACCUUCCCCAGGGUCAGGCCCACUACUCAGGUUGGUGUGAGGAGGUACUAUGGAGCUAUUGCCAGGAGGAGGAUUCUGCUCAGCAGUAAAUGCAUCCUCUCUGCUAAAGAAGACAAGCCCUCUGAUGCCUGGGAGACAAGCAACCAGGCGUAUUUGAAUUACAAAAACGUGGCUGCGCUGACACUUCUGGCAGGAAAACGAGGGUGGGACAUAACCAAGACUCUGGGUGAUGUGAAAAUCUGGACCCACGAGGAGGGUGAUGUGCUGUCAUUUAAAGUGGAGAUGCAGGUGAAGGUCCCAUCCCAUGUAGCCUUCUCCCUGCUGUCUGACUUCAGGCUCCGCCAGCGCUGGGACAGACACUACUUGGCAUGUGAGGUGCUGCAGGAUGUGAGUGAGAGGGAAAAGAUUUACCACGUCAUCUCUGGCCCCACGGCAGGCUGCCAGCCCAAGGACUUUGUGAUUCUGGUAUCCCAAAGGGAGCCCUGCCAGCCGCAGAUGCCUUACACGGUGGCAGUGAGGUCGGUGGCCCACAGGGCGAUGCCCCCACGCCCAGAGUACUCCAGGAGUGAAAUCCUCUGUGCUGGCUUCCAGAUCCACAGCACCAGCAGCAGCUCCUGCACUGUGUGUUACUUCAAUCAAGUGACAUCAGGAGUUAUGCCUUACUUAACUGCAAAUCUUACUGGCUCAUCAAAAUCCAUUGAAGACACUGCUUUGGACUGUAUAAAGUUCUUGGAGCUGGAAGGCAGCAAGUGCUGAAGUUAAAAGCAGAUUUCUGAAGGGUCAUCUGAAGAUUAUCAAGCAGUUCUGGUUGAAAUUCCUGCAAGGGUGUGGAUCAUUCUUCUGUAGGUGACUUGCUUCAGAUCAUGUAGUCAGUACUGGGCUUCAGCCUGAAAAUACCUGGUACAAGCAUUUCCUAUCAAAGCAAGCUUAGGCCUUAGGCUCUAAAUUCAAUCUUUAAUUUAAAAAAGAUUAAGGAACAGAUUCUGCUUUUGAUUGCAUGAAUGAAUUUCAUAUAGAUGGAGGCAGAACUUGGCUCAGUAGAGCUGUAGUUCAUAAGACUAUUUCACUGUUUUAAUGUUACAUUAAACAGAGCGGCAUCCAGGCAGCUUUAAAUGCCACCCUGUGAGAGUCUGUCCAAAUUUUCCCUCCUCUGCCUCACGAUUGUCAUUGGGAGACCACUGAAGAGAACACCCCUGGUCUAGAAUCUCUGGCUCUGAAGGAGAAAAGUCACACGCCACGGGCCCUGAGAGCUGAAAGCUCAGUGUUAAGCUGUUGUUUUCACAGGAGUAUUUGCUGUAUGCUAAGAAGGCAGCACCGUGCUCCGUUUGCAACAAUAGCAGCUCUGGAAGCUGUCCCAGCUCUCGGCCUGGCUGGACUUUUCCUGAGUUUCGGGUGGUCUCCCACAGAAGACCCUGGCCUGUUUUACAACCGCCGUGAAAGACAGACGGAAAUGUGAGAAGCUUCUCUACCAAGGACUGAGACAUGAAAAUCCUGAAAGGCCCCUCUGCUCCUUCCAAUGACUGGGACUGAAACCCCCAGCCUGGGGGAGGUGUGUGGGAGGCAAGCUGACUGAAGCGAGAUGUUUGCCUGCAGAUUGUGACCACUGGAGCAAGAAAACAUGGCUCUCAUUUACUGCUGAGAACAUGGGCAUCUACAUGGCGGACUUUCACAGGUAGCCUCCCUACCCUGGUAGCAGUAUCUUUCCACUCCAAUGGCAGUAACAUCCAAUGAACAGUGAUAUUGCACAUCAUUCUUACCUCACAAUCAGAUCUCCCUGAGGUACACAUUGUGUUGCUCCAUCUCUUUGCCUUAUCCACCACGUGCAACCUGGUCCCUGAGCAAAGACAACCCCACGAAUGGGUUUGUCUGUACUCGAGGCAGAAUUGAUCCACACAGUCUUCCCUAACAAACCUCUAAUAUGUACCACUGGGA